GAUCAAUAGAUCAAGGACUGAAGUCCUCGCGCCGCCCACCUGCAUAUGCGCACGUGAUCCGGCGCUAGGCCCGAAGGGGCGACAGUGCACUCGGCACUGCGAACGACGGACGGGAAUCCGUAGGGAGAAAGUCAGUCUGGAUAACCUCCUAAUCUCCCUGCCCCGGUGCCUGCCUCCCCCUACACUCAUCGAAAGUCAGACACACUCUAUUGCCCGGAUUUCCUUUCAACGAGCCUCCAAACCUCCCCUCCAAGCUCGACCACGUCGUCUCCCUUCCCAGUCCUUUAGAUCUUACGUGUAACAAAGCUAAGCGAGCUCUCGCAAACCACCCCUCAUGGCUAACGACGAGUACGAUUUCCUCUUCAAAGUUGUCCUGAUUGGAGACUCUGGUGUUGGAAAGUCCAACCUUUUGAGUCGUUUCACCCGUAACGAGUUCAACCUGGACUCCAAGUCCACCAUCGGUGUCGAGUUCGCUACCCGCUCGAUCCAGGUCGAUUCCAAGACGAUCAAGGCUCAGAUUUGGGAUACUGCUGGUCAGGAACGUUACCGUGCUAUCACCUCCGCUUACUAUCGGGGUGCUGUCGGUGCUCUUCUCGUCUACGAUAUCAGUAAGCACCAGACCUACGACAAUGUCAACCGGUGGUUGAAGGAACUCCGGGAUCAUGCCGACUCCAACAUCGUCAUCAUGCUGGUUGGUAACAAGAGUGAUUUGAGGCACCUGCGGGCUGUGCCCACGGAAGAGGCCAAGCAAUUUGCAAGCGAGAACAACCUCUCCUUCAUCGAGACAUCUGCCCUUGACGCCAGCAACGUCGAGCUUGCUUUCCAGAACAUCCUGACAGAAAUCUACCGCAUCGUCUCCAGCAAGGCUCUGGAUGGCGGUGAUGCUGGCCAGACCGUUCUGGGCGACCGCCGCGAUAUGGUGCGGAUCGACGAGUCGGAGGACCCGAAGACCAAGCAGGGAUGCUGUUAAGGGGCCACGAGAUCGGGGAAUGUGUGACACGUCAACCGCAACGACUUUUUAUUUUUGUGAUGUGAUAAUUGAACGGUCUUGAACUCUCUUUUUGUCUGUUACUUAGCCUCCUGGAGAUGAUACACAAGAGGGACGUUGUUAGGAAUGGCACCUGGGGUCAUGGACAUUGUACGGCGGUGUUUGUUGGACAUCACA